UGUGUCUUUGUGUCCUUCGCACAGCUUCACUCGCUGCAGAGUCAGCUGGAGUUUCAGGAACAAUCCAUGGUGGAAAAGUCUCUUGUGAGCCGUCAAGAGGCCAAGAUCCGUGAGCUGGAAACCAAAUUGGAGUAUGAGAGGACGCAGAUCAAACGUUUGGAGAUCCUGGUGGGUCGACUAAAGGAGAAUCUUGAGAAGAUGUCAGAGGAACGAAACCAACACAUUGCUGCAGAGAACAGGGAGAAGGAGCAGAACAAACGCCUGCAGAGACAAAUAAGGGACAUGAAAGAAGAAAUGGCUGACGUGUCCAAGAAGGAGGCUGAGGCGAGCCGAAAGAAACACGAAUCGGAAAUGGACAUUGAGAGCUUAGAGGCAGCAAAUCAGAGCUUACAAGUGGAUCUCAAACUGGCCUUUAAGAGGAUAGGGGACCUGCAGGCCGCCAUCGAGGACGAAAUGGAGAGUGAUGACAAUGAUGACUUAAUCAACAGGUACAAAAAUACUAAAUGUGUUUGGGCCGUGGGAUAUUCAGAGUGGAUUCAGAGCAUUGUAGCCUAACAUUGUGUUGAAUGAAAUGAUUCCUA